AUGAUGUUCUUCAAGUAAGAUUUUAUAGAUUGUAUUUUUUAAGCUUCUAGCGUUUUUUCUCUGGUUUUAGUUCAGUGUUAGAGCCUUUACUGUCUCAAGAUAACUGUACAUUAGAGAUGAUUCUUGACGAAGACUCUUUAUAAGAAAUCAAAUUGAAUGGUGCAUAAAAGUUUGGAAAUUUGUAAGCAUUUUUGAUUUAUUAAAGUGUUACAAAGAAUAUAGAUACAUUUAGUAAGAUGAUAGGAUACUUGUGUGUAAAUGAGGAUGAGGAAUAUAACGAGAAAACUUAGAUUAGGUAAAAUGAUUAAACUAAAAAAUCAUAAGAUACCCCUUUAUGAUAAGUGAAGCUAUAGGAAAUGAGAAUGGUCCAAUCAUAGAUUAUCUAUUCGAAGCAGAUAAAUCAAAUGCAAAUUAUGAGCAGAAUGAAGAACGUAGACAGGAAUUCUUAAUCAAGAUUUUUGAUAUCUUAGAUAGGGAUUACUUGAAUGUAACACUUGCCAGUUAUUUAUCCAAAGUAGUGUGUGCAAUCAUCAGAAAAAGAGGUUAUGAUGUAUUAAUUAUGCAUAAACUUAUAAGCUAUGGAGAUUUCUAUCUUAACCAGAACAUAAAUCAAUUUUAAGUAAUUUAAUAAAGAAUUUGGAUGUAUUCCAUGUUGCUGAAAUCAUUGAGAAGUUGAUUAUACUAGACACAAAUCAAGAAUUAUAAGAUAAUCAAACUAAUUUCUAAGAAGAAAGAAGCGAUCUCUUACGUCGAGUAAUUAGAGUCUUCGAAUAUAAAACUCAUCAAAUUGACAUUACAGAUAAUUCUAGUCAUAUAAUCAUUGAAAUUCUAAAUAAGACAGAAUAGUUUCUAUCAGUCCUUAAUAUCCCUGAAAAACUCUUUGCUAUUGCUGUAAAACAUCUUUAAUUUAAUCUUAGUUAAAUUCAAGUUCAGCAACUGUAGUUUAAGUUUUAAUCACAUUAAUUGAAGCCAUUCAUAGAUAUGUAUAAUAACAAGAGGAGAAGAAUCCAUCUUAUCAAUUUAGCUAUAACUAAUUCUAUCCUAUAGCCUAAGAGUUCAAAAAUGCCUUGUUAGCUGAAAAGAUAUCCAUAAGUAAUUUUAUUUACUUAUUCAAGGUGCUUUUAACACUACCUAUGGAAUUUCACAACAGCCCUUUAGCUAAAUGAAAUUGAAAUUGAUACAAUUAUAUCUAUCUAUCUUGAGAAUUAAUAAUGUUGAGUUUAUCAAUCAAUUUGAUCAUAAAGGAAUCUAUGAAUCACUCAUGAAGUUUGUUAUUCAAUACGAAUUUAACAAUCAAUUACAAAAUUACUUUUAUGAAAUUACAAUCUUCAUUUUUGAUAGACCUCAAUUUGAAGUCAUAUAAGAGGAGUUCCUAUCUCUAGAUCUUUUAUCUUUCAUUAUGAAGUACAAUAGAUAUGAAAAAGAGAAUAUUGGAGCUUUGAAUUCAAAAAUUAAAAGAGGUUAUGUUGGAAUUUUGAGUAAACUUGCUUAUUAUUUCAUUAAUAAAAUUGAAAACAAUAAAGAAUGGAAUCAAUAUGUUGAAUAAGUACUUAAUCCUGUUAGGACUAUUGAAAAUCAAUUUAUGCUUGGAAUCAAUCCAAAACCUAAAAUACCCAUUGAUACAAAUGAUGAUAACAUGAAUGAAAUGUUUAAAGUAUUAUAAUUCAUUUUAUCUCUAGAACUUUCCAAAAAAUAAAUAUUCUCAAUAAUAAACAUAAAUUUAAUAAUAAGAUUAAUAGCCUACUGUUGAAGUUGAAGAAGAAACAGAUGAAUAAUAAAAUACUGAUGAUGCUGAUGAAAAUCUUAUAGGCUCUUAAAAAGAAGAAGAUGAAUAAGAAUAAAUCUCAGAAGUCAACUCUAAAAAGCCUGAUAUGUUAAUAGAGGUUGAAGAAAUAGAGAAAGUUAUAAAUAGUCCAGAAACUAGUCCUAAAGUUGGUAAUCAAAUAUUCAUUAUUUUUAGUUGAAUAAAUUAUUUAAUUCCAAGAAUAAAACUUAAAGACAUCUCCAUAAGCAAGCGAGAUUCUCACUGAUUAAACUGUUAAUAAAUAUUGGAAGGCUCAUGAAGGUAUGGAACAUCAAGAACCUGGCAGAAAGGGUUCACAUGAUGAUAUCCAUAAACAUCAAGCUGAACAUCAUGAAUAAGUGAGAUAAGAUGAAAAACCAAAGGAAAAUUAAGAUAAGCAUGAUGAAAAAUAAUAAAUUGUAACUCAAGAGAAUUUAAAAGUUGAAGUUUAAGAAGUUAAAGUUGAAGAAAUCGAUUCACCUGAAGAAUAAUAAUAAUAAGAAGAAUAAUAAGAAUAAGAAUAAUAAUAAUAAGAAGAAUAAUAAGAAUAAGAAUAAGAAUAAUAAUAAUAAUAAUAAUAAUAAUAAGAAUAAUAAAAAGAAUAAUUAUAAGAAGAAUAAUAAGAAUAAUAAAAUAAAUAAGAAGAAUAAUAAGAAUAAUAAUAAUAAUAAUAAAAAUAAUAAAAUAAAUAAGAAGAAUAGGAAGAAUUAAUCAGUUGA